AUGUCGUGCGAGCUUGCCUUCAGGACUGAAUCGGCCUCUAGUUCACGUGGGCUGGCCGCCAGCGUCAUGGAAACCGCAGCUGCAGCCGAGGCCACCGGAACUGCGUGCCUGGAGUCGGGGCUCAAAUGUUCACUGGGCGAAGCGCCCGCCGAGGAGUCGGGGCCGAAUGCCGCUGGUGUCCUCAAGGCUGCGAUGACCGUUUUCGCUUGGCCCGUCGUGCUCCACCUGCUCUUCAUCACGGCGCGGAAAUAUGACGGUUUGCUGCAGAACUUUUUUCUGAGGCUUUUGCUGUACGUGGGGUCUUCCAUCGUCCUGGUUCGGCUGCCUGCGGCCCCGGACGUGAAGAGCAUGAAGUUGGCUCUGACCCGUGGCAUCGCGCCCAUGAUCGAGCCCUUUGUUGCCGAAUCCUGGAUUGCUGGCAAGCUGGCCGGGUUCUUCUCAGGCUUGCUGUUGGGAUUCUCGCGUGCCUUCCUGGCCUUCUCGGCGGUGAACUUCGGCGCUCGGGUGCUGCCGAAAACCUGGAGUUUGGACUUGAGCAAGAGCGAUCCGUACCUGAUGAUCCUGGAUGACAACGGGGAUGGCAAUGUAACGGCCGAGGAGGUGUUCUCCUUUGUCUUCCGGGUCAGCCGGCGUGUCCUUGGUGCUGCCAUGACCUCGAUCAUCGGCUACCAGAUACUGAAGCUCAAGCGUCCACCCAGGACUCGGAUUUUAGCAGAGUCCCGCUGUUCCUUUUGGCCCUUGCGCUUCUGGUGCCGAAUGAUGUACGCCAUGCAGAACCCGCGCGAGGCAAAGUCCCGGCUGCUAGCGCGGCGGGUGCUGUUGGCGAGCCGUGUCACCGACGUGGUCGUGGUGAUCUGUGCCAUGAUUUGGCCCUGGAUGGACGUUAUCGGCCUGAGGCCACAAAUUGUUCUGGCUCUCGGUGGCGUUGGUGGGUUGGCUCUGGGCCUGGCAGCAAGGAACCUGGUGGGAAACCUCAUUGCAGGUUCGUUGAUUCAGUUGAACCGGCCGUUCGUCGAAGGCGACGAGAUAAGGCUGGGAAAUGAGAAGAUGGUCGGCAUGGUCGAGGAAAUUGGCCCCAUCAACACACAUCUCAAUAGCUUGGAUGGCAUGCUGGUCCACAUCCCAAACCAGAACCUCCUGCAAGACUUUGUGGUCAACAAGACCAUCAAGGACUUCAGACCCAUCAGGGAGCUGGUGCGAGUUACUUCCUCCGACAUGAGGAAGCUGCCCGAGCUGGUGGAGAGCCUUCAGAGCCUGCUCUUAUCACACGAGGACCUCCUCCAAGAAGAGGAGGUGCAGAGGCUCAAAGAUCUUCGAGGAGGCUGCGUGAAGGUCUACCCACCAUUCUGUGGCUUCGAAGGCUUCGACGAGGUGGGGGCCAAGAUUGCCAUCCGCGCCUACGCCAGGGGAUCCAUGUCAUCGCUCCCCUUUUGGCGGCUGAAGAGCCAGCUUCUCCUGCAAAUCAGUGAGUGCAUCCUCGACCAUGGCGCGCAACCGGCGUUCCUGAGUGCAGCGGAGAGUCCGACGAGCCGCGCAGAGCCUCAAAUGCUUUUGACCGAGGAUCCGUCUCGCCUCUCUGCAAUGCAGGCAUUGCAGGCUGCAUAA